AUUUGAUAAUGCCCCCAAAAAAAGCAACAAAGAAAAAAACACCAUCUCCAUCACCUCCACCUGCCAAAAGGUCAACAAGAUCAAAAAAAGAAGAUAAAGUUGAUGAUAAGAAAAAGUAUAAAGACAUUAAAUUAAUUAUAGAGAUGUAGUCACAAAAGUCACUAAAGAUGUAUCUAAAUCUAAAGGAAAGGGAAAAGCUAAAUAAAAGACUCCAUCACCUUCACCUCCACCUAAAAAAGCCCCUACAAGAAAGGAUUCAAAGAAAAGUAACAAAAAGUCACCAUCACCCUAACCAAAAAAAGUAGUAAAGAAAUCCCCUUCUCCAGCAAAAAAAGACGAAGAAUAGAAUCUAAAAAAACUUGUAUUUACAGGGAAAGCUCCUGUUGAUGAAUUUGUUUAAAAUAGAGACAAUUAUAUUGUGUAUGAAGAUGCAGCAAAAGUAUAUGACUGUAUGAUGAAUUAAACUAAUAUAAUUGGAUCUAAUAAUAAUAAUAAAUUCUAUGUUGUAUAAUUAUUAAAGAGUAAAUCAUCAGGUAUCUUAUACAAAAUAUAUUAAUUAGAUACAUUUUUUGUAUUUACUAGAUGGGGAAGAGUUGGAUAACCUGGUUAAUAAGCAUUACAACUCUGUGGAGGUAGUCUUGAUACUGCUAAAUCUGCAUAUGAAAGUAAGGUUAGGGAUAAGAGUGUAAAAGGAGAUUAUAGAAUAUUAGAAAAGGAUUAUAGUAUUGAUACAGAUCCUAAGAAUGCUGAAAAAUUAGAGAAAUUAAAAGAGUAGAGAGAAAAAGAAGCUUAUGAAAAGAGUAAGUUACAUUAAAAGAUAAAAGAAUUAGUAAGGUUAAUCUUUGAUAUGAAAAUGAUUAAUAAUUAAAUGAAAGAGUAAUAUAAAUAAUAUAUUAUAUUUUAGAAUAGGUUAUGAUGCUAAGAAAAUGCCAUUAGGUAAAUUAGCAGCUUCAACAAUUAAUAAAGGAUUUGAUGUAUUAAAGAAAAUUUCUGAAGAAUUAAAUAAGAAAACUCCUAAUGUUACAACUUUAUAGACAUUAACAAGUGAAUUUUAUAGUUAAAUUCCACAUGAUUUUGGAAUGUAGAAAGCACCUUUGAUUAAUACACCUUAAAUGGUUAAAUAAAAAUUAGAAAUGUUGGAAUCUAUUUAAUAAAUUUAAGUAGCAACUAAAAUAUUAGAAGAAUAAAAAGAUGAUGAUUCAAAUGUUAUUGAUGAAAAUUUCAAAAAACUUGGAAUUAAUAUGUAAUAUUUAGAACCAACUGAAGAAAAAGUUAAAGUAAUUAAAGAAUUUGUUAAAAAUACUCAUUGUGACACACAUAAAAAUUAUGAUUUAGAUGUACUUGACAUCUUUGAAUUAUAAAAAGAUUAAGAUGAUAAUAGAUUUAAGAAAGAUCUUGGAAAUAGAAUGCUUUUAUGGCAUGGAUCAAGAUUAACAAAUUUUGUUGGUAUUUUAAGUUAAGGAUUAAGAAUUGCUCCACCUGAAGCUCCAGUAACUGGAUAUAUGUUUGGAAAGGUAAUUAUAUUAUUUAAUUUAUUUUAGGGUGUCUAUUUUGCAGAUAUGGUCUCUAAAUCAGCAAAUUAUUGUGCAGUUUCAAGAGAGAAUAAUACAGGAUUGAUUCUUUUAUGUGAUGUAGCAUUAGGAAAUACAAAUGAAAAAUUCUACUCAGAUUACUAUGCUAAUAAUUUACCACCUGGUAAACACAGUACUUGGGGUAGAGGUAAGACAAUGCCACCACCUGCUUAAAAUAUUCCCUUCCCAGGUAUGCCAGAAGUCUAAGUGCCUAUUGGUAAAGGAGCUCCUUCAGGAGUUGCUAAUGUAAAUAUAAAAAAUUUAUAAUUAGACCUCUUUGCUUUACAAUGAAUUUAUUGUCUAUGAUGUUGCUUAAAUUAGAUUAAAAUAUUUAAUAAAAAUGAAAUGGAAUUAUAAAUGA